GAUUCGUUAUCCACGAGCCGGCGGUGAAUAUAGAAAAAAUCUUUUGCGCGCAAUCAUUUUUGUGGCGCGGACCACCUUAUCACCGAUCUAAUCUGAUCAUCAGAUAAAUAUUUCACUGGCACACCUCUCCCAGCCUCCAAACCCAACGUGGUCCUUUUCCCAAGGGCCUCUAGCUCCUCUCAUCUGCAGGGUCAUCUCGGUCACGCAGCCUACUCGACCGGCUCGUACUGGAAUUUCCGGAUAAGGAAGGAAAAAAAGAAAUAAGGGACAAGCGCUUGUCCAUCUCAACACGACCCUCUCCAGCAGUAACGACAUAGACGAAAAGGUUAAAUCGCGAAGUCCCGCCUCGCACGCGCAGAAGAAAAAAUGGCUCCCACGGCGCUGGCCAAGGCCGGCUUGAUGCUGAGGUUCUUCAUCUACAUGCUCGGCUCGAGAAUCAGCAUGCUCAAGCAAGCGGUCGCCGUAAAGCGAGUGCUCAAGCAUCAGCAGCAGCUCAGCAAGCGUCCGGACAAGGAGUCGCCCAGGAACAUCGUCAUCGUCGGCGCCUCGUUCGCGGGCUACGAGGCCGCACGGGUGAUAGCCACGUCGCUGCCAGAGGACAGCCCCUACAGGGUCGUGGUGAUCGAGCCGAGCAGCCACUUCCACUUCACCUGGAUCCUCCCGCGCGUGUGCGUUGUCGAGGGCCACGAGCACAAGGCGCUGAUCCCAUACGGCUCUCACCUCAAGGGCGCGGUCCGGGGCCGCCUGAGGUGGGUCACGGGCGGGGUCACCUCCGUCUCCCGCGACGCCGUCCGCCUCGAGGGGGACGACGGCGAGGUCAUCCCUUACGCCUACCUGGUCGUCGCCACUGGCGCCAGCGCCGGCGACGGGCUGCCGUCGCGGGUCCCGUCCCCGCGCAAGGAGGAGGGUCUGGAACGCAUCCGGUCUAUGCAGCGGCGGAUCGCGGGCGCCAAGCGGAUUGUGGUCGUCGGGGGUGGCGCCGCCGGCGUGGAGCUCGCGACCGACGCCAAGCACAAGUACCCGGACAAGCACGUCAUGCUCGUCCACUCGAGGCCCGCCGUCAUGCACAGGUUCGGCCCGGAGCUGCAGGCCGCCGCGCUCAAGGGGCUCGAGGACCUCGGGGUCGAGGUCCUCCUGAACGAGCGCGCCGCCGUCGACGCCCAAGGCCGUUUGGUGACGCUGCGGUCGGGAACGAAGAUCGAGUGCGACCUUUAUGUUAGUUGUGUAGGCCAGCGGCCUUCGUCACAUAUCAUCGCCGAACUUUCACCCGCCGCCAUCUUGGAGUCUGGCCACAUCCGCGUCAAGCCAACCCUGCAAAUCGGGGACGAGUCCCUGCCUAACAUCUAUGCCUGUGGCGACGUGGCCGACACGGGCAUGAAAAAUCCUAAUGGCCGGGCGGCCAUGAUGCAGGGUAUGGUCGUCGGGUACAACAUCGGCCUGGCUAUCAGCGGCGAGGAGCCAAGCGUGAUGUAUGAUGCGCAUUGGGCGGACGCCAUGAUCAAGUUGACCCUUGGGCUGGACAAAUCAAUAAUGCACUUCGGGGACGAGGAGACGGAGUUCCUCUGGCACACCAAGGAGAAAGAUGUCGCCCUCAUGGCGGACGGUGCCUGGGAGCACAUGGGGGCCAAGCCGUUUAAAGACGACAAGGACUUGCUGGCACAGUACCGGCAGGCGAUUUAGCUGGCUUGCUUGCUUGAUUUUCACUGCCCGGAAUCCAGGCAAUCCAGACCCCUCUCUUGUUUGACCACCCUCGUAGUUCCCUGUAGUAAUACAUAGCCACUGCCCUAGCGGACAGACGGGGUCCAUGUCUCGCUCAGCCCCUUGAUGAAGUGAAUGGUCC